AUGAACAAGAAGCUCAUUCUAGUUGCAAUUUCACACCUCUUCACGCUUAUCCACUCGUCAUCAACUAACAACAGAGGCAACAAGAAUUACCAAGAUAUCAUUUGCGACCCUUCAAACUUGGACAAUUGCUACCCUCGAAUAUUUGAACCUACCUCAGAGUGGCAAUUGAUCAAACCAGGCCAAGAUAUACCUCCUGGUUUGCAUGUUAGAUUGAAUAUGGAAACACUGGAGAAAGAAGCAAAGUUGAUGGAACGAGAAGAAGAAGAGGAAAACAGAAAAGGGGAAGUAGAACAACAGCAUAAAUUUGGCCAAGAAGACAAUCACAAUGCCGGAGAUGUAAACAACAAAGUGGUUGAGUUGAUCGUAGGGGAAAAUAAUGGAGAUGACGAAAGUCCCAAAAACCAAAACUCGAAUGAAGCCGGUGAAACUGCCAAGGAACAGACCAAGAGCCGGAAUGAGCAGAUUCAACAACAAAUCUUGAAAGCGAAAACCGGGUACAAGCCCAAAUCUCGUGUCAAUGCAGAAGAUUUGACGAAUUUUGAUUCUGCAUUGAACGAAGUAGAACAGUAUGAUGCACAUUUGCAGACACAGACGGAAAAUAACAAUAAAGAACGGUUUGAGUUGGCACUCGACACCAUCCAAGAUUAUGUGCAUGAUAUUGAACUAGGUGUCAAGUUGACAUCUUCAAAAGAUAGUACUGUAUUACGAAAACUUAUUGAUUUGGCCGAGUCCGGAGAUGGUGAGCUAAAAAGCAAAGUUUAUAACAUUAUUGCUUCAUCAUUGAGGAACAACCCCGAGGCCGUGCAAAACAUUAUUGAUGGGAGAAGCGGAAUUGACUAUACCGCAUUCACCAAAAGCUUACUUGGUCAGCUAGAGCUGGCUAGCGAUCUGGUGCAGAAAAGGAUUCUCGGUAUAGUGCAGGCUCUAACCCAAAAUGUGCAAUUUGUCGAGUCAUUUUUCACAUUUGCCCAGGGCCAUAAUUAUGGACUCAACACUCUUGUUGAAAACUUUACGAAAUUGGGCCCCCAGGCAAAGACCAGAGCAGCCAACAUUCUUCAAGAUUUAGACCUCGUUGGCAAAUCGAAUGACCGAAGAUCAUUGGAAGACGACGACCCUAGUUCCAAUGUUUCCAAUUUCAUUCAACAUGCACUAGUUGAAAAUAAAGUUUCCACCCAAUCUGAAUUUGAGAAAUAUUUCGACAAUUUGGUGACUAUACACCAACAAGACGAGACUUUGAAACCUACUAGGGAGUUUCUUAAUUGGCUUGCUAGAGAGGUUGAAGUAAGAAAAGAGAAGAAAAAGAGAGAUGAUGUUAGUCUUGAGGAGUUGAAGUUUGAUGAGGAAAUGUUGCGUGCACGCCAUGAAGUCUUUGGCAAUCCUAUGGGGUUGAGAAAAGCCAUUGCUGAUGAGCUUUAA